AUGCUGCCUGUUGAGUUAGAAUCCAACACGACAACAAACUUCAGACAGAAAGUUGAGAUUCCAUCGUGCUUGGAACUGAAAGAGUUAUUAAAAUUAGCACCAGAAAUUGUAGCAGAUGAAAGUAGGAGUGAAAAUAAAAUCAAAGAUCUUACUGCAAAUAUUACAAAUGAAAUAGAGAUUUCAAAAUACUGUCCCACAAUGGAAGAGGUUUGUUUCAAUCAAAGCAGAAAUCCACUGGAAUGCAGUGAGGCAGUUAGUUACGCUUUAUAUCCUCAAUAUGAAGUAGAAAUACCACUAACUCCGCCAUGCAGACCACAAAGAUCACACGUGAAUUCACUUCAUGCAGGACUUCAGGCAGAACCUAUUUCUCCUGUUGGUAACAGUAUUCUGCUUACAGAGUCAACUAAGGAGUACUUAGAGUGCCUGGUGUGGCAGUCAGAAAAAUACCAAAAUGCUGUGAACUCUCUUUUGCUUGAAGAGAAUCAGACCGUUGAACCUACAUUUCAACAUCAUUCAGUUACAGAGCUGAAAAAGAUGUUGUCCAUCCAUGUGGAAGCUCCAGUGUUUAGCCCAUUGAAAUCAGACUGGUGGAUUCAUUCAGGACUAAAUCUGGUAUUACCAGAUUCUUUGGAGCAACUAAGCACUGAUUUGGGUAGUGCAAAUAGCAUGUUUACUACUAAAGUGGAAGUAUUCUCACAAAUUACACAAUUUCAGUUAGAAAAGUGGCUUGAAGAGAAGUGUUCCCUUACUAACCAAGGACUGCUUUCUGUCAGUGCACAUCACUGGGACAAAACAACUAAUUCUCAUUUCUCACCUGAAAAGAAGAGCCCAUUCUCUCCAUUACAUUUGAGAGCUGCACCUCAUGUUAACAUACAUGAUACAAAUACAUCUGUUGAAUGGCUAACAAGACAGGAAAAACAGCACAGUGAGACAGAAGGACCAAUGCAUUUCUUAUAUCAAGAAAAGAAAAACAAAGAUUUGUCUGACUCACUUAACUGUAAAGAAGUAUCUUUUGAACCAAACAGCUCAACAAAAAGCCAGAAGACUCCACCAUUCGAACAGUCUAGACAAUGUGGUGAUGAUUCUGACCUUCUGAGCAGUUUUAUCAUGCUAAGAUCUAAACACGUGUUCAUCCAAAAUGAGGAAAAAAAUAAUGUGGAUAGGCAGAAAGAUGCACUGGAAAUUAAAGUGUGUCCAGAAGUUCUUAAACAAGACAGUCCUGCUGUUUGUAAGGCUACAUUGACAGAGAAAACAGAACAGGAGAAUCAAGGCAGCAUCUCAGUCAAAAUUCAAGCAUCAGAAAGCCAGUGCCAGGCAUACCAUCUGUUAGAAGCAACAGCCACUCCUGUUCUAAAAGAGUUGAUGCAUCUUGGCAUACUUGCUGCAGUGAAUUGGAGCUUUGCCACUGUUAAAUUUGAUCACACUAGAUUUUUCUUAAAACAGCAGGAGAAAGUGAUCUGUGAUAUUUUUAAACAAGGUAAAAAUAGUGAGAAAGAGAUACUGUUGUUCAAACAUGCUGCUCUGGUGCAUCUGUUGGUAACAGUUCGAGACCUCCUAUUAAUGUGUACCUUGGACACAGCAUUAGGGUAUUUGUCCAAGGCAAAGGAUAUCUAUACAAGCAUCUUAGGUUCCUGUUUGGAUAAUAUUUGGAGGCAGCUGGAGAUUGUACAGUAUAGCAGGCAGAAAAAGAAUGAAAUCAGUCCCAAAAUAACACAGCUUCGGUGUCAGAUGUUCAAGUGGGUGCAGAGUAAUACAGAUGAAGAGAAUCAUAAGGUACUAAUCAUAACAAGAAUGGACUCUGAUCAUGAAAAAGCUGCCAUCACUAAAACCCUUAGUGCAGUAGAAGGUUUAAAAGCCAUGGUUUUGAAUCCUGAGAAAAGAGGAGUUUUGUUAGAGCACCAUGUCAUAAGCAGUUUGAGUAGAUGUUCCUGUGUUAUUGUACAUAAUCAGCACAUUGGAGCUGACUUUCCAUGGACUCUUUUCUCAUUAGUGGUGGAGUAUGAUUAUACAGAGAACUCCUGCUGGAAUGAGCUGUGCAAAAAUUUGAAUAUUACUUACAUAACUUUUAAAACCACUCUUCCAGAAACACUUGUAGUGGCUGUUAUAUUAUUUAUCUUUAAAUCUGAAAAUGUUUCAGGUGAAAAUUUUGGCUGCUUCCCUCUGGAGGUGCAGAUUCCGUAUGUGUUUCUGACAUCUGAAGGACUUCUUAACGCACCGGAAAUCCUUCAACUUCUAGAAUCCAAGUACAAUAUUACUUUUGUUGAGAGAAGUUGCAGUGAAUCAUUACAGCUUUUUGGAGGUACAGAUCGAUAUGUCGUGAUAACAAUAGAUGAACGCACUGCCAUAAUUAUUGAGACUUUGGAAGAACUGAAUUAUGAGACAUCCUCUGAUAAUAUCAUAUUAAGACUGAUGGCACUAUCACUCCAAUACAGUUGCUGUUGGAUCAUUUUGUAUUCCAGAGAGAGACUGAAUUCAGAGUACAGCCUCACGGGAAAGACUCUGCAUCAUCUAUCCUUAAUUUAUGCUGCUUUGGUUCCAUUUUCACAGAAAUCAGAAGACUUUGAAGUGAAGGUAGCUCUUGUGCCAGGGGUUGAAGAGACAGCAUUGUUAAUUCGUCAGAUUGCUGACAACAUUUUGAUGUCUUCUAAAACAAAUCCUCGUGAAUGGUUGGACAGAUCCUGGCUUUCUAUCUUGCCAUCUGAGGCAGAGAAGUGCUUGCUUACUUUUCCAUGUAUAAACCCUCUAGUAGCUCAGCUCCUGUUAAAGAAGGGGUCUUCACUGAAGUGGCUGUUGUUGGCAACUUUUGACCAACUUCAGGAACUCCUGCCUGAGGUUCCAGAAAAAGUUUUAAAGCUAGUGUCCAGCAAGGAUACAGAGGAGAGCUUAACAAUUCCCAUCAGUAAGGAUGUUUAUGAAAUCCUUACAAGAAGAGAGAGCUGUCUACGUGACCUCAUUGAAAAGAAGUUUGGUUGCAUGUCUCUCCUUAAGAGUAUAAGAUGUCCCCUUGAAGUAUACAGGAAAAGCCUGAAGGAAGGAAUUGAGAUAUCUGUUUGGGUGGAUGAUCUGACAAGACAUAAUGCUGAUGCUUUGGUGAAUGCAGCCAAUGAACAUCUGGACCAUAUUGGAGGCCUUGCUCUUGCCCUGGUGAAAGCUGGUGGGCCAGAAAUUAAGCAAGAGAGUAAAUGUUAUAUUAAUCGCCAUGGAACACUCACCACUGGCCAAAUAGUAGUGACAGGUGGAGGCAGGCUUUCUUGUAAGAAAGUUAUCCACACAGUAGGUCCAAGAUGGUCUGCAAAUGAAAGUGAAAGAUGUUGUCACAUGCUUGAGACAGCCAUUAUAAAUGUCCUGAAAUAUGUUAAUGCUGCGGAGAAUAAUAUAAAGUCUGUUGCAAUCCCUGCAGUGAGCUCAGGAAUUUUUGGCUUCCCACUAGAUUUAUGUGCUCAUGUGAUCGUACGGACUAUAAAGAAUUUUGUUGAGCUAGCUCCAUUAUUUGGCUGGUUCAAAGAAAUCCACUUGGUGAACAUUGCUGAGCCCACAGUUGCAGCAAUGAAAAAGGCCUGUGAAGAGUUGCUGGGCAGGAGUGACAUCAACUCACUUCAGGAGACUCCACCAGCUUCAGCAAACCGGCUUCCAGAUUCCAUCACAAUCAAUGGUCUUUGCCUACACAUCAUAAGAGGACACAUUGAAGAUCAGCAAACUGCAGUCAUUGUUAAUUCUGUGGUCAUGAAUGAUGAUCUCUCAAGAGGAAACCUUUCAAGAGCAAUUCUGGAAAAAGCAGGCCUAUCUCUUCAGAAGGAAUUUCUGUUUGAGUUACAAAAACUUCCUCCAUAUUGUGAGAAAUUUAUAUUGACAAAAGGAUACAAUCUUGCCUGCAAGUCUGUGCUCCACGUAGUAUGGUCCUCACAAAGCAGCAGUGAUUCACGCAAGGGACUAGAAACUGUAAUGUCAAGAUGUUUGCUUAAGAUUCAGGAGUAUCAGCUUCCCUCAAUUUCCUUCCCUGCAAUUGGGACUGGAGUGUUAAAUUUGCCAAAUGAUGAAGUGGCAGAUAUUAUGAUUGAUGAAGUUUUAAGCUUUGCAAAGGAACAUCCUUGGAAGAAGACAGAUGUGUAUUUUGUGAUCCAUCCAAAUGACAGUUAUGUCUAUAAGGCUUUCCAAACCAAGUUUGAGUCAGCAAAAAACAAACUGAUAGAAGACAUGGAAUGCAACAAAACUGAUGAUUUGGGGUCACGCUCCGACAGACAAGCUGAAAUACAGAAUAAAAAAAAUGGACCAGCCAUUGAACUUAUUGGCAACUGCUAUGAAAAACUGGAAGCAGCAAAAAUAUGGAUUGAAGACAUAAUGCAAGUCCAGGAAAGUCACCUUAUUGUUAUAGAAAACAAUCACAUUUUUAACCUUAGCAGAAGAGAGCGUGCAGAACUUUCUCAUCUGCAGCGUUUCGGUGUAUCCAUAUUGGAAGAAGUGGUUGGUGGAAAAGCAAGAUUAGAGAUUCAAGGUCCUCCUGGUGCCAUAAUUGAUGCGGUGUUUGUGAUCGAAAACUUACUGUGUUAUGUGCAAGAGAAUAAUAGAACCAAACAAGAGGAACUGCCGCAGUCAGAGGGCCGACUGGAAACUAAUUAUCCUCCAGAAAAACUCCGAGACAAGACGAGGGAUACCAAAACGCAUUAUCAGAUCUCAGAAGCAGACUUAAACUGUCAGGAAUUCAAGGACCGAGAAAAGCAGUUUGAAAAAGCUGGGCUUUGUAUUCUCAAGCAAAGCUCUAAGAAUUUUCAAGGAGAAUUUGGAGGCUUGGCAUAUAGCUGUCCAGAAGCUCAGGUUGAGGAGACACUUUGGAGUGAAUAUCCAUCCAGCCAUGCAUUGGAUUCAUUUGCACCUGACCUCAGACUCUGUGAUUCAGUUGCAAAUCCAGAUGAAUACAGUAGUUUGAAUUUUCACCAAAUAGCUGGAGAGUUUUCAGGAAAGAGAAGGCCCAGUGCAUCAUUAUCAAACUUAACAGAAAAAGAUGUUUUAACAGGUUUAGGCUUUGCACAAGUACCACAGCUCAAAAAAAGGCGACUAACAUUUGAAAAAGCCCCUGGAAGAAGUGAUGGGCAAACUCGUCUUAAAUUCUUUUGAAUUAAAUGUAGUCUUACUAUAGACACUUUUUAAAUGUGUGAAUUGUUUCAAGGGAGCCAUUUUAAAUUAUAUAAUUAUUUCUGACCCAAUUCUCUGGUCAUUUUCAUAUAUUGA